GGCAACGCUAACCAAUCAGCUGCAGGUUUGUUAUUUAACCAAGUUGGAGCUAAAAAACCCUUAAAACUAUGGAAUUUCUGACUAAAGUGUGGGCCAAGGAGGCAGCUACUCCCGUCGAAAUAGAAGCCACCACUGACACAGCGCAGGAAAAACCAAGUCCACAGCCUGAUAAAACGUCUGCAAGUCAGGAAACCCCCGAAAAACAAAAGGACUGGGGUUAUGACCUGUAUCCUGAGAGGAGGGGCGAAGCCUUCAAGCCCAAAUGGACGCGGGUCUUGUUCGGAUUGGAGGGCCAGGAGAACCUCGAUCGUUACAAGUGCGAAGAGAAUGUCUAUUGGUGUGUCAAGAACGGUCCGCUUGUGAAACUGAUGAUGGGGGCCCUGAAGAGCUCCGGGUGUCCCAUCGAUCUGCGCCGGCACAUCUCCUGCGAGGUGUGCGAUCCCACGGUCACCGGUGGCUACGAUCCCAAGCUCAACCAGAUCGUGGUGUGCCAGAAUAUGGCCAAAAAUAAGAGCAUGGUCCAUGGCGUCCUUACCCACGAGAUGAUUCACAUGUUCGACUACUGCAACAACGACAUGGACUUCCGGAACGUGGACCACCUGGCCUGCACGGAAAUCAGGGCGGCGAACUUGGCUCAUUGCUCCUUUUUAAGCGCCAUGUUCCAGGGGGAUGCCUCGCCUUUUAAUGUCAAAGAAGCGCAUCAGAACUGUGUCAAAUCCAAAGCGCUGGCCUCAGUGCUGGCUGUGCGAAAUAUAACCAAAACAGAUGCCAUUGCUGCAGUGGAGAGAGUGUUCCCUAAAUGCUAUGCCGAUCUGGAGCCCAUUGGCAGGAGAAUCCGACGCAAUUCCACGGACCAGCAGAAGGCCUAUAUGGAGGGGCCUAUGUACGGCUAUGAUGUAUAUUAAAUUGUUAUAUAUGAUUGAUUUUGUUUUUAAGUACACAAAGGCCAAAUAAAACUAUGUUUUAAGUUCUGGA